AUGAUGCAUCUUUUGCCCAUUUUUGUCGUCGUUCCAUACUUGGGAUAUGAAGCGCAUUACUGCUACGGAGAUAAACUAGCUUUAAUUGAUAAGGCCGCAAAACAAAUUCGAGCUGAAAAGCUCGAUGAACUGGUACCUGCUGCGAUAUCCGUCGAAGAUGUUCGAAAACGAAUAGAAGAAUUGAGACAAAUCAGGGAAGAUGAGAAGUAUCUAGCGCAGUAG